GCCCAGCUCCGGAGGCUUUGUCGAGGGAGUGACAACAGCGAAAUGGCGGCCAAGGCGCCAAAUACGAAUUUUUGAGUGCGAGACAGGCUAACGCUGUCUCUGGAGACUUCACGAACGGCGGGGCCAUGGACGCCUCGGCGUGCAUGAAGUCCCUCCUUUCGGCGGCUUCUCAGUAUCGAGCUGCCCGCACCCAGCCCAACGCGGCUGGGCUCCAGCGGAGUUUGGAGGUUAUCUCAGGAUUGAAGUUGACAAAAUUUUUUGCAUCAAACCAUAUUUUACCAAGUGAAUGCCUGAACUGCUUAGUAGAACUUAUUGAGGACCCAAAUCUAAGCCCUCUAUUAACCUUGAAUGUAGUAGGCUUGCUUUCUCAGUUAGUUCUAGAUAAUGAAACCAGGGAAGCCCUUCAGUAUGCUUACAAUCUGUGUAGUGUCCUGGCAAGUGUGAUUCUUCGAAGCUCUACAAAUCCUGUCGACCCAGUAAUACUGCAGAGUAUUCAGCUGCUGCAGAAAUUGACCUACAAUGCAAGAAUAUUCCAGGCCUGUGCUAAUAUUGAAGACUUAAUUUCUUUCCUUAUGCUUCACAUUCAGUCUACUGAAGAUGAGUUAACUAUACCAUGCCUAGGACUUAUGGCAAAUCUUUGUCGACAUAAUCUCUCAGUUCAAACGUAUAUCAAGUCAUUGAUUAAUGUGAAAAGUUUUUAUCGCACUCUGAUCAGUUUCUUGGCCCAUAGUAGUCUAACUAUAGUUGUUUUUGCGCUUUCGAUAUUAUCAAGUCUUACAUUAAAUGAAGAAGUUGGAGAAAAGCUGUUUCAUUCCAGAAAUAUUCACCAGACUUUCCAGUUAAUAUUUAAUAUUCUUGUGAAUGGCGAUGGAACACUAACAAGAAAAUAUUCUGUGGAUCUACUUAUGGAUCUCAUGAAGAAUCCCAAGAUUGCAGAUUAUCUUACCAAGUAUGAACAUUUCACAUCUUGCCUCAAUCAGGUGGUAGGCCUCCUUCAUGGAAGAGACCCUGAUUCUUCAGCAAAGGUAUUAGAAUUACUACUUGCAUUCUGUUCAGUGACACAGCUCCGUCAUAUUGUACGUCAAACAGUACUGGAACCAAAUGUAGCAGUCUCUGGAAGUACAAGACUUGCAACUCGUGCUAAGAAUUCUGACUCAUCUAUUGUCUUAGUACAUUGGUCAAACCAGCCAUUGGAAGUAUCAGAGAAGUGUUCAAAUCUUGCUUUGGAGCUAUUCAGGGAGAUAUUUGAGGAUGUUAUUGAUGCAGGCAACAGUGCUACUGCUGAACGCUUUGUGGAUCUUCUUUUGCCUGUUCUUCUCGACCACCUUCAUUUUCCUGAUCACAUACUAGAAGACCCAUUGGCAAAGAAGAAAUGUGAAAGAAUGAUCAAAACUAUUGAUAUCUUGAUAACGUUUUGUGCAGAUGACAUGCUGAAAAUGCAUGUCACUAAAAUUCUAACAGCUAGCAAGUGUACUACUUUAAUAGAACACCAAUUUACAUCUAGUGGAAUUAACUUUAGUUUGGGGACAAAGGUUAUGGACUCUGAAUUGAGCAAAGUUGCUGCUGAUCUAAUCUUAAAAACACUGGAUCUGAUGAGCAAGCUUAAGCAGCUAGUUCCUAACAUGGAAGUCAGUUUUUACAAAAUUCUUCAGGACCAGCGCUUGGUUACCCCUCUGACUUUGGCUUUAACAUCAGACCACAGAGAACAAGUCCAAGCAGGACUUAGAAUACUGUUUGAAGCAGCACCAUUGCCAGAUUUUCCUGCCAUAGUGCUUAGUGAAAGUAUUGCGGCCAAUAAUUCUUACAGACAACGGGAAGCAGAGCAUGUCUCUAAAAGAAGCCACCUGCAAACAUCCAUGACUUGUGUUAAUUCAGUGAAAUCCUCUACUGUUUGCCAUCCCAAUGAUGGUGAUGCCUCAACUUUCAACAUUCAGGACCUGAUUCAGAAACUCCAUUCUGGCUUGGAGAUGAAGGAAUCAGUCACAGACAUCAGGGUAUCUGAAAUAAUGGAUGUUUAUGAACAGAAACUGUCUGCAUUGGCAUCCAAGGAAACAAGGUUGCAAGACCUUUUGGAAGCAAAAGCAUUAGCUCUUUCUCAAGCUGAUAGACUUAUUGCCCAAUAUCGUUGCCAGAGAGCUCAAGCUGAAUCUGAGGCUAGGACGCUUGCUUCAAUUCUGAAGGAUACAGAAAGAAAAAAUGAAGAUCUCGAGUCAUUACUGAAAGCACAGCAGACAGAAUCUGAACGGGUACAAAAUGAUAUUGAACAAUUAUUUCAGCAUAAUCGGAAAUUGCAAACAAUAGCAGAAGAAUAUGAGAUACUGAAAAGAUCUUCCAUUGAUCUCCUUCAAAAGCAUGAAACUAUUGAAAAGCAGUAUAAUGAUGUGCAGCUAAUGUGUAAUUCACUGAAUAAACAACUUGAGACCCUUAAAAGGCUGAAUGAAUCACUCAAGCAACAGAAUGAAAAAACUGUUGCUCAGCUGCUGGAAACAGAAGAACAUAGAAAAGAAUUGCACAAACAGAUGCAAGAAAAAGAUGGAAAAGUAUCAAGUUUACAGCAGAAGAUAAAAAUUCAGGAAGAAAAACUAAAAGCCAGACAGAAGGAGAAAACAGAUAUGGAGGAGACAAUAGACAUUCUUAGAAAAGAACUAAGUAAAACUGAGCAGGCAAGAAAAGAACUGAGUAUUAAGGCAUCUUCCUUGGAAGUUCAGAGGUCACAAUUGGAAGGACGACUAGAAGAAAAGGAGACCUUAGUCAAGCUUCAACAAGAAGAACUGAACAAACAUUCUCAUAUGAUCGCAAUGAUACAUAGCUUAAGUGGUGGUAAACUAAGUGCAGAGGCUGUGAAUCUCAGUUUAUAGAGCCAAAUUAUCUAGGUGUGCAUUUAUUUUCAUUUUAUGUUUUGUUAUGAAAAAUAUUUUUAGAUAACUUUCCUUCAAGAUAUUGUGGCAUUUAUGAAUAGUAGGCUAAAUUCAAUUCAUGUUGACACUAACAACUAUAUCGCUAUUGGUUGCUGUGUGUGCCUUGUUUACAAAUUUAAGAAGGGCUGAAUAUAAUUUUAGAAAAUAUCUGAGCAAGUGAAAAACCUUUUGAUGCAUAAACUAUCAGCUAUGAUAAAUUUACUUAAAUUAGUAAUGUUCUACUCUUAAACUGAUUUUACAAAAUAUCAGCUUUCAUUUCCAUGUAUACAAAAUGUUGUACACUGAAAUCUUGCUGGUUAACCUAUACAUUUGAAAAUGAAAGUAUACAAAUGUAUAUUUUUAUGUAGAAAAAACAAAUGUUUUAAGUCCUGUAUUAUACAGAUUGCAAUAUAGAUAUAUAUUAAUGAAUUGUGCAUUUAAAAGGGGUCUGUAAAUUUAUUUCCACAAAACAGAAGAUAUUCAGUUUUUCUAUAUCCAGUUUUCCUUCCAGUAUAAAUGUCAAAUAAUUAUAUUCACUGUUUUUCAGAUUUACAGAUGUCAUAUCUGUCUUUGUUCCUUUUAAAAAAGACUCUGUAGAGUUUUCCAGUAUUUAUUAUAGACCUAUAUUCUGCUUAAAUUACAAAGAUAGUAUAUAUAUUUAAACAAUUGCAUAUAUGUUUUAAAAUAAUGGACUUUCAACAACUAUGUGUAGUUUAAAAAUCAACUUAAAAUUUAAAGGACAAGGACAUGUAUUUUCCUAUUGUACUUUAUAUAUAUACACUGCACUCUUUAAUGAUAUAAUGAAAUGUGAUUAUGUUUGGAGACACUGAAACUCCAAAACAAUUAGUACUAAUUCUACUUAAGAGGGCAGUGAUCAUAUGCCAACAUUUCAACAAAUACCUUUACAUUUUAACUUCUAUGUGUCAAUCUUCCUCUUUAACUAUGUGCAAUUGAUGCUGUCAAUUCCAUUUUGGAAAGCUAUUAUCUCCAACUUGAUAGUGGUAUUUGGCAUUUAAAUGAAGUAUUAUUAUGGAUUCUGUAGUUGUCUUUUUAUAUUUUUGUUGUAGCUGUCAUAAUUUGUCUCUGGGAAUGGAAAUAAAUAACUCUGAAGUUAUGUACUUAUGCUCGAUUGAUGAUUGGUUGAUUGAUUUAGUGGAAACCAGUUGGCCUUGUUAUUCAAAUUUAUCUUGACUUGGAACUUGCACAUGAGCAGAUCAUGAUCAAUUUCACAGUCAGCUCCUGCCCAUUUUUUGCUGUAAUAACUGAGGUCUUCCACCUUUUUGUUUUCCACCAAUAAAA